AUGCCCUUUAAAAUGAAAGAAGUAUAUGAACAAGAUAAAGAAAGAAUAGAAGUGUUGAAUGACAAAACACUCAAAACUAGAACAGAUAGUAUUAGUAGUAAAAAACAACAGGGAGGUUUUAAAUUAUUAAUAGAUAUUUUCAAAGGAACAGUAAUAUCACUGUUUUUAAUGAUUACAGAUGUCUUGUCUGUUGGAACAGCGUUCUUUGAUUUGAAUCUUAGUGAAGCUGAAAAAGGUCCAUACAAAGAAUGUCAAGAUAAACUAAAUGAGUUGUCGUAUAUUAUAUUUAAUAUCUCAAUGAUGUUAUCUACUUUAAUUUAUACUAACUUUGGUAGUCUUAAAACUUUUAUGAUUGGAAGUGCGGUAUUUGAGAGUAGAAAUAUUACUUCAGAUAUUGCAAGAACUGUAUUUGAUUAUUUCAUUAAACAGGGUGUUUCAAAACAAAAUAUUCCCAAUAUGGUUUUAUUAAACACCUACUUAGUUUGUUGUUUGUUUGUAAUAAUUGUAUCUUUAGUUUAUAUAAUUAUUUAUUAUUCUAAAAUAGGAAAUUAUUUAAAGAAGAUUCCAAUUCUAGCGGUGAAUGUUAUCGGGGGAAAAAUAGGUAUUUCAUUGAUGUUAUUACCAAUAUUACCGAUUAUUAAUAAUCCAAGUACAAAUAAUCUAAUCAAAAUAUCAAUUGUGGCUGUUUCAGCAGUUUUAAUUGUUUUGGUUGAAACUUUUUUACAUUUUGAUUUCGCAAUUCCUUGUUUAUUAAUUGGUUCUUGUACAGUUGUUUACUUAUUUAGUGGGAAGAUAAAUAAUGAACAUAGAGUUGAUCAAUUAUUUCUUGAGUAUGAUUUUAGUAACUUUAAGAAAAUAUUUAAUAACAGUAGUAUUGCAUGGGGUGUAUUACUUAAGUGUUUGCCAAUUAUUAUUAAGGGUGUUAUUUUAUGUGUAAUUUUAUUUACUAUUAAUAUUGUUACUAUUUCAUCUAAAUUGAAUGCUAGUAUUGACAUGAAUGUUGAGUACUUAGUUAAUGGCGGAGCUAAUUUUCUAUCAUUGUUUAUUGGUCUUCCAGUUUAUCCAUCUGCAUCUUAUACAAUUUAUCUUAACAGUAUUGGGUGUAAAAGUAAGUGGAUAUCAUACGCGACUGUAAUUACUUUCCUUUUAUUUAUUGUUACUGUUUUUAAGUGGAUGGUUCAAUAUAUUCCUGUUACAUUUACUGAUACUGUUUUUGUUUAUGUCGGUAUCUCUAUUUUUAAGAGUUCUGUCAUAGAUAUGGUUAAAGUAUGUUCUAUGUUUGAUAUUACUAUUCUUACAUUAGGUAUUAUGUUAGAUUUUACUACUGAUUUAGUUGGUUUCUUCUUUACAAUUGCUGUUGUUACCAGUAGAAUACUUCUUGAGUAUAUUAAGAAUCCGAUUAGUGAAAAACCUAAAAAUACAGGUGAUAUUUCAAUUAUUAAGAUUGAUUAUAUCUUGUGUUACAUGACUUUAGACAGAUUUGAAAAUGACUUAAGACGUAUUACCCCAGAUACGUUAAUUGAUCUAAAUGAUUGUCCUUUUAUUGAUACUGAUGUUAAUCUUAGAUUAAUUAGUUUAAUUAAAGAAAAGAAAAUUAACAGGUUAACUGGUAGACCUGCAAACUUUUAUUUUGAUAAAAUAGCGCCAUUGUGCCAAUUUAUUCAAUAA